AUGGACGACCAGAACGAUGAAUUUGCGAAUCUCGAUGCCCACGGUCACGACUUCGGCAUGCCUAAUAUGUCUUACUUUGGCGACCCGACCUUUAUAGGUUCCGAACACCUCUAUUCCCUUACCGUCCCCCACGACGCCCACGACGAUUCUUGUCUAGACCAGAAAUACAACCUCCACUGUAUGGCUUCUGCCAAGAGUCAUCAGGGGGCUUCAAGCCACCCUCAUGUCCGCAGCAUGAGCAUCGCUGGGUUGCCAAUGAGACAAAGCAACAUGUCAAUGCCUCAAACACCCGCCUACUCCAACUUCAAUUACAGCCAUCCCUUUUCUUUCGAUACUCUUGGCCAUGAUGCCACCCUGUCACCCGACGUGGACUUUUCAUCCAUGAUCAACACCAAAUCGAGCCCUGCUAUCAAUGACGAUGACACGACUUCCGUUGCCUGCAGUUCUCACUGCGAAGAAUGUCCUAGUCAGUGCGGGGCUAGCGAGGCCGGCGAUGUCUGUCACGACGCCGAGUGCGGCCCUGUCUGCGACGACACUGAAUGCGAGAAUGCUGCCACGCCUUGCACAGAUAUCGACUGUUUGGCACGUUCUAUGGAUGCUACCGACAAGGCUGCUGCAGGUGUGCUAGCAUCCUUUCCCAUGGGACAGCACCAUAUGCCUCAUUCACCCUUGGAGACGAUGCCAUCUUCUCAACUUUAUUCUACCCAAACUCCUUUCCAUAAUGGAGGAAUGUCGGCCGGCAUGGGCACACAGUCAUUGACGAUGGACAAUGCUUUCGCGUGUCAGGACUUCCUCUCCAGUAGCUACAUGGACAUGAGCAUGGACCUGGGCAGCAAUGACUGGCUGGCACUCAGUAAUCAUCUGUUGCAACAACAUGUCCCUGGUCACCCCGGCUCUGGCUGUGUGCGUCCUUGUUUGAUUGACAACUUUGACGAUUUGAAUUUGCCUUUUGACAAAUGUCCUCUGCCCCAUCAUUCUCACACCCAUCCGGGGCAGGAAUCUUUCUGCACUGGACAGGACUUGCAUCCUGCUGAGUGCGGUGUCGAGCUUACCACCCCGACGGCCUGGAUUGAGCAUCUUCAAGAACAACAUCCUUGUCUCCCGAUGCAGCACACUACAAACCAGCUGGUGCUGCCACAAACAGCCCCCUCCAGCAUGGUUCACCAUGAACAUCAGUCUUUUGUCAAGCCGAAACCCGUCGGCAAGAUCCUUGUGACAAAAGACGCUUCCCCUGAUACCCCGUCACCAACUAGCACCUCAAGCAAAACGGAGAUCUCAGCCGUUUCUUCAAUGACAUCAGUCGCCGAUAAGAUAGAAGCAUGCGUCUGCAAAUGGGCCACGGAUGGUGAAGUAUGCGGGCAAGAAUUCAAAGACGAUGAGAUGCUUCAGCAACAUGUCCGUGAAGGUCAUCUCCACCAACUCGUCAAAGAAACAAAUGAGAAUGGCCACGCUGGCUUCAAGUGUCUGUGGGAUGGAUGUACACGUAAAGAAAACUUUACACAGAGGAGCAAACUGGAACGUCACUUGCAGACUCAUACUGGAUUUAAACCAGUUAGAUGUACUUUGUGCGGAGUUGCUCUUUCUGCCAAACAAUCUUUGGCUCAGCACAUGCGCAUACAUACUGGAGAAAAACCAUGGAAAUGCGAAUACCCCGGUUGCGCACAAGCUUUCAAACAGCAAAGCGCAUUGACUAUGCAUAUGAGAACUCACACCGGCGAAAAGCCCCUCGAAUGUGACAUCUGCCACAAGAGAUUCGGAGAAUCAUCAAACUUGUCAAAACACCGCAAGACCCAUAACGUCAAGGGCCAGUUUACCUGCCCCAUCUGCAACAAGGAUUUCCACCGACUCGAUCAACAGCGCAGGCAUAUGAAGGUCCACGAAAAGGAAAAGAACAAGAAUGGAGGUGACAACAUAUCCGUGUCCAUGUCACCUGAUUCUGGCGCAGUCCAGCACAUCCGCAAAGCGGACCACAGCCGUGUCACCAAACCCGGCAAGAAAUAA